CUCACCUUCAAUUUAUUCAUUAAUCAAUCAAAACCACAAACAAGAAAUCAAGAAAAAUGGCAAGCCAACAACAACGUCAGGAAGCUGGAUACAAGGCCGAUGACGAAAUGUCCUCCGGCGGCCACACUCAGAUGAACAGGCAAAACGCUUCUAUUACUUCUCAGGCUACCAACUUUCUUCAGCAGACAGGGGAGCAGGUGAAGAACAUGGCACACGGGGCAGCUGAGGCAGUAAAGAGCAGUCUGGGGAUGACCGCCGAUAAUUCUGCUUCUCCCAACCCAUCAGCAGGUUCAUCAGGCAACAAACAAGGCUCUGGCCCAACUGCAUCAACCGGAAACAACCCCGGAGGUGCCGGUCCAACUGCUUCAGCCGGCAACCACCCUGGCGGUGCCUCCUUUGGUUCUGGCGGCAACAACCCCCGUGAUGUCUCAGUUGCUUCUGGCGGCAACCUUUUAUCACCCAACCAAACUGCCUCCGCUGGCAGCCACCGCAGCAACCCAUCACAGGCUAGGUCCUGAAAAAUUCCAGUGAAAGUUCUCUACUUUGAUUUAUGAUGAUUGAUGAGCCUACCUUAGUGGUGUUCCAUGCAUCCUAGCUAGGCUCCUUUUGCUAUACCUCUCUAUUAUGGAGACUGUUAUGUUUUGCCUUUGUUUUUUGGUCUUUUUGAGUCAUUAAGAUUCAGAAUCUCUGUGUUCUGUUUUGGUUGUCCUCUAUUCAUAUUCUUCUAUGAAUAAAGAUUUAAUUUCCUU